CUCAAGGCCAUUCUUUUACAGAGAGAUAGCGAGGACAAUCAACUAGACCCAGUGUACUACGCGAGCUGAAAAACCAGGGGAGCUGAGAAAAGGUCAUUACAGACUGUAAGGCGUUCGUGCAAACAAUGUCAAAGAAAGAGGUUUGCCCAAGAGUAGCGCAUUGGGCUUUACAGCUGAAGGAGUUCAACUACUCCGUAGAACAUCGUUCAGGUGCUUCGAUGCGACAUGCGGACGCCCUCAGUUGCUAUCCCGUUGAAUGCCUCAUUCUUCAAAGGACCGAAGACGCUUUAGUGGCACAGAUCAAACGCGCGCAAGCGGAAGACCCUGACGUGCAGCGGAUCAUAAAAUCCGCGGGAAACCGCGACAAUCAAGAAUUUGUGUUGUCAGACGGAGUACUCUACAAGCGAGUCAAAGGCGAUUUUCUUUUAGUCGUACCUAGAUCUAUGCAAUCGGAAGUGAUUCUACAAGAGAGGAGCCAUUUUGGGUGGCGGAAUACGGAGUAUCAAAUACGAGCAAAGUAUUGGUUACUGGAUCUACGUCCAAAAGUGCAGCAGAUUGUGGGCAAUUCCAUUCGCUGCCUGUUAGCAGAAAGAAAGCAGGGCAAAGCCGAAGACUUUUUGCAGCCCCGGGCUAAGGAAGACAGACCAUUAGAGACGUACCAUCUCGAUCAUCUGGGUUCGAUACCAUCGACCAAGAAAGGUUACUGUCAUAUUCUGGUGGUAAUAGACGCAUUCACUAAGUUCGUCUGGUUAUAUCCGACCAAAUCUACGACGACCGGCGAAGUGAUUACCCGACUAAGCAAGCAGGCAGUGAUCUUCGGGAAUCCACCUCGGGUUAUAACAGACAGAGGGACAGCGUUCAGUUCACACGCGUUCCGCGAAUACUGCGAAGCGGAAAAUAUAGAGCACUUAAUGAUAACUGCCGGCGUGCCACGUGCCAAUGGUCAGGUGGAGAGAAUCAAUCGCUCCAUCAUUUCUAUAUUUACCAAGUUAUCCCUACAGAAUCCAACGGAGUGGUUUAAGCAUCUAAACGGAGUGCAACAAGCAAUCAAUUCUUCAUAUAAUCGUAGCGUUGGCAUGACGCCGUUUGAGUUGCUGAUCAGACGAAACAUGCGGUUGAAGAACGACCUAAAAUUACGGGAACUCCUCAAGGAAGCGACUGUCGAAGCUUUUCAUCAAGAAAGGUCAGAGCUGCGGCGCAGAGCCAAAGAAAAACAUCUUGAAGAUUUAAGAGGAAAACCGGAAGACUUACAACCGUAAGCGCAAAAAGCCUUCCAAGUACCGAGUUGGAGAUGUUGUGGCUAUUCGACGAACGCAGUUAGGUCCCGGACUCAAAGUCCGACCCAAGUUUUUGGGGCCUUAUCGAGUAACCACCGAACUGCGAAACGAUAGAUACAUCGUCGAGAAACUGGGCGGGUGCGAAGGACCUAACCGGACGAGUACCUCGAUCGAUUACAUGAAGCCGUGGCCAAAGCAUCGAGGGGUGGAUCUCGAUUCUGAUGGACUGUCAAACGACGACACGGAGAGUCAGGACCAGAUAUCAGGCAACAUCGGGGCCGAUGCCAUCUGUCGAAUAGCCGAGUGUGGGAACGGAGGAUUUGGCGCGGUUGGCAACACUGAGGACCAGUGGAAGAAGCGGGUUUUAGAGCAGGGAGGGGGAAAAAAGCGGCAGUAGAAAAGAAGAGUCUCCCGCGAACGGUCGAAUGAUCACGGUUACAAAUAAAGUUUCUAUUACUCAGUAAA